GAGUCCCAAAACCGUUACAACACACGCACAGCAGAUUCUCUCUCUCGCUCUCGCUCUCUGAGAAUCUCCGUUCGAACUUGCUUUCUUCAUUUUCUCUGUGAAACCUCUCUGAGUGAUUUUGAAAGAAAGAAAGAUGGCAGUUCAGUUCAUGUUCAGCGUUCCGGUUCCGGUGACAACACCAAAGCCAAAGCCAGCACCGGAGGCUGAUAAUCGGAUAUGGUCGCUGUACGUGGGAGACCUGGACCCACAAGUCACGGAAGCAGACCUCAUUGAUAAGUUUCGUUUAAUAGGUCCCAUUGCUUCUGUGCGUCUCUGCCGUGAUUCUUUCACCGGCGACUCCCUUCGCUACGCCUACGUCAACUUCUUCACGUCAUUAGACGCGUCCACGGCUUUAUGCUUUCUCAACCACAAGGAUCUCAAAGGAAAACCCAUAAGAAUAAUGCGGUCGCAGAGAUACCCUUUGACAAGAAAAACGGGUAUUGCAAACCUUUUUGUUAAAAACCUUCACCCGUCCAUCACCAGUGCUCAAUUGCAGUCUAUGUUCUCCCGUUAUCUUCAAUAGCAUAUCAUAUGCUGGUAAAUGAUCUCUCUCAUUUCUCUUCCAGUCUAGCCUCCAUAUGCUGGAAAGAUGACAACAACUCUGUCAAAGUCACAUAAUUCCUCGGACUUUUGAAUAAGGCAAAUGCUAGGAGCAGUGUAGAUAUGCCUCUCUAUUGCCCUCUGCUUGAACCUUGUAUUUCUUUGUGAUAUACUUUUUCCUUUUUUUUUUCUCCCUUCUUUGUAAUACAGCACCUAGUAUAAAUCUCUGAUAAGAUCA